UUUUAUAAAUUUUCCUGUAGCGUUUUCUGCCUUCGGAAUUCGGCACGGACCCAGCACGUAUGAAAAAUGCAAUGGAACCAGGAAGAGUCUCUUUUGACGAAAAAAUGACGGUGAGAAAAGCAAUAGAGGAUGCCAACAUCCCUUUUACUUACAUCUCUGCCAACUGUUUUGCGGGAUAUUUUGCUGGUAAUCUCUCUCAGAUGGGAACUCUUUUACCUCCAAAAGACAAGGUCCUUAUCUAUGGAGAUGGCAAUGUUAAAGUUGUUUAUAUGGAUGAAGAUGAUAUUGCGACAUACACAAUAAAGACAAUUGAUGAUCCUCGAACAUUGAAUAAGACGGUGUACCUAAGGCCGCCAGAAAACAUUCUCACCCAGAGAGAGCUCAUUGAGAUGUGGGAGAAACUCAUACAAAGGAAACUAAACAAGUCUUUCUUAUCCAAGCAAGAACUUCUUUCUUCUAUGGAAGGUUUGGAUUAUGCAAGCCAAGUGGGAGUGGGCCAUUACUACCACAUAUUCUAUGAAGGGUGUUUGACAAACUUUGAAAUAGGAGAUGAGGGAGUAGAAGCCUCAGAGCUUUAUCCAGAGGUGACAUACACACGCAUGAAUGAAUACCUAAAAUUAUACCUAUAAUAAUAAUUAAGGCCUCAAACAUGGUAUUCUUAUUCCACGAGCAAUAGUAUGCAAAAAGUCCAAUGAGGACCGCCUGUUGUAUUGUAGGUGAUUUUCAUUUGUCUCAAUUAAAUAAUGAGACAUAAGCAGUGGUUACCAAUAGAGAUGGAACUAAAGCAUCUUAUGGUUUAUUUUAUGCAAAGAAUACUACUUAUCUAA